UAUAAACUCACACCCCCCAACUCUAUCUUCACCAACAACCUUUCAACUUCCAAAGCUCUCUAAUCUGGUCUGUUUUCUCUCCCAUACUUUCCCAUGGCUUCAACGAUGGCUUUUAUGUCCUCCAUUAUUCUCUUUCAUCUCUUGACAAUCUCAUCAGCCAUCACCACCAACCAGCAGCCACAACAAGCGAACACGAUGAGAACCGACGAUGAAGUCAUGACCAUGUACGAGGAAUGGUUGGUGAAGCACCAAAAGGUGUACAAUGGAUUGGGAGAGAAAGACAAGAGGUUCCAAGUUUUUAAGGAUAACUUGGGUUUCAUUGAUGAACACAACACACACAAAAACACCACAUACAAACUUGGGUUGAAUAGGUUCGCUGAUUUGACGAAUGAAGAGUACAGAGCAAUGUAUUUGGGGACAAAGAGUGAUCCCAACCGCAGGAUCAUCAAGGCCAAGAUCAGCGCCGGCAACCGUUACGCUUAUAGCGCACGUGACCGGUUGCCGCUGCACGUGGAUUGGAGGUCCAAAGGUGCACUUGCACCCGUCAAGGAUCAGGGAAGCUGUGGAAGUUGUUGGGCAUUCUCAACAAUAGCGGCAGUGGAAUCCAUAAAUAAGAUAGUAACAGGGAAGCUUGUGAGUUUGUCAGAACAAGAACUUGUUGACUGUGACAAAGCAUUCAACGAAGGCUGCAAUGGUGGUCUCAUGGACUAUGCCUUCCAAUUCAUCAUUGCAAACGGUGGCAUAGACACCGAGCAACACUAUCCAUACAAGGGCAUCGAUGGCACAUGUGAUCCAACCAGAAAGAAUGCUAAGGUAGUGAGCAUCGAUGGGUACGAGGAUGUUCCGGUGAAUGAUGAGAAGGCUUUGAAGAAAGCUGUUGCUCAUCAGCCUGUCAGCGUUGCUAUUGAAGCCUCUGGCAGGGCCUUGCAACUCUACGACUCAGGUGUGUUUACGGGUAGAUGUGGAACAAGUUUAGAUCAUGGUGUGGUUGUAGUUGGAUAUGGAACCGAAAAUGGAGUAGACUAUUGGCUUGUGAGGAACUCAUGGGGCAAGAAUUGGGGCGAGGAUGGUUACUUCAAGUUGCAGCGUAACGUCAGAGGCACCAAUACUGGCAAAUGUGGAAUAGCCAUGGAAGCUUCAUACCCGGUGAAGAAUGGCGCAAACGCCGCUUCGGAGAGAACUGGAGGGAGUGUUAGCAGCGCUUGAAUUUGAAACAGCUUGAGUUGCAAGAAAGUUUUAUGUUUCUGCUGCCUUAGAUUAUGUUCUGUUUGGAUAUGCCUAUAAAAUUAUUGGGCUGUUAUUGUAUAUAUUUAUAGACAUAUAUAUUUCUUCACGUGAAAAGUUCCCCUGAAGAACAUCGCUCCCUGAACAAAUGUUUGUAUUGGUUUUCAA